AUGGUGCGAUCGUAUCUUUUGCUCGGAUUCCUGACUGCCGUUUGCCAACCGGCAUAUGGUCUAGUAUUUCGUGAUAAGCUUAAGCAAGUUGUCGGAGGCGAGAAUCUUUACUUGCUGCAUGAUGUUGAGGAUACAACAUCUGUGAGAUUCGACAACCUACAAAUUCCUGGGACGAAGGGCUGGAAGUUUGAUACUGAGGGUUUUGAAGAUAAUGAAGCUGUCAUCACGCCUCUGGACUCCGACAAGACCCUGAUAUGUGAGGAGGGCAGCAACUGCAGGCUUGAUCUUGAAGGAACAAAACAACCCUACGUGAUCGCCAGGGUCUCUGAGCGUCCCAUUUUCACCCUCCAAGACAAGCUUUCGCAGCUCUACGUGUCACGCACACCUGACCUCUACCUGGAGCUGACCGAGGAGAUCUCUGAUUCCAUUUAUUUUGAAUUGGAAAAGCUCAAUGAAGGCAACGAAAGCUCUGGUCUCCACUCAAGGGAAGAUCUAUAG